UAUAAGAUAAUUUAGAUCACGUGUAUUUUAAUUCCUUAACGGAAACAGUCAUUAAUUACGCGAAAAAAUUAGAAAAUAAUAAAACGAUAAACAUAAAGGGAAGAGAAUAAAUUUUUUAGUAAAAUCUUAGAACUAAUUACCAAAAAAUAAAAAUGGUUUUAGUCAAAAGUUCUCGAGAUAAGCAUACAUCUCGGCAGCCAGCUGGUUUUAUAAUGGCUCCGAAACCGGUACAUCCGCGUGCCGUGCGAACACACGGUUUCUUCGGCGUAUCAUUUGUGCGUCAACAUAUGGUCAUCGAUGAUCGCUGGACUCCAACUUCCUUGACGGAACAAUUCAAGGGCAUGGCCGAUUUAUUAUCGAAGCGUUUGGUUUUUAAAAAGCUAGAAGCUGCAGCCAAUCACAAACGUUACAUUCGCGAGAAUCGCAAUUUGAAGCGUCAAUGCCGCGACGGCCGCACGAAGCUCUCUAAUGUGCUCUACGGCGACAAUACUAAGAAAAUACGAAACUUUCUAAUCAAUCAUAAGGAUAUGCAGCGUUUGUAUCAGAAGAUGCCCGUUGAGCUGGUGGUGGACAAUAUUAAUCAACGCACAUUUGUGAUGCGGAAGGAGCGUGAUCGCUUAAAAUUUCGACUCGAUCAGUUGAAGAAUGUGUACAAGGAAAAAUUGCUUGAGCGCGCCGUUUUACAGAAUCGCAUCAAGUAUGAGAACGAGUUUGUGUUGGAAGAAGAGUUGAAGUCACGUGUGUUCCGCAAGAAAAUCGAGAACUCUAAUGUGCGUUUAAAGGCGAUAAAAACCAUAAAUGGCACGUACAGAAAGAUGAUUCAGGUGCUGCGACACGAUGGCAUUUUUUAUGAGCCGAUUUUGCGUUCGCUCAGCCAAGAUAUUGAGGAUCAAUCCAAUUUUAUCAAACACAUUUUGUAUUUGGGCAUGCCGGCCAUUGCAAAGUUCAAAGAGCUUAGUGAGGAGUAUAGGCUAAUGGAAGAUAAGUCACGUAAAAGUAUGCAAGCUAAACUUCAAAUGAUGUCUCAAUACCGUAAAGAGGGCAAACGGGCCAGUGUGCCGAAACUUGCACAGAAACCGGAAGAUCCCAUAUCGAAUGCGAAACGAUAUGUUCGUGAAACUGCGAGUAUGUUGUUCCUCAAGAACGAAUUGGAAGUGAUUGAGGACACCAUUAAGCAAGUGAAAUUUGCGACGCUUUGCUCUCAAGCCAAAGAGAUUUAUCCAAGAAUAAAAUCACAAGUGGAGAAUAAUUUCAAGUUGAAUAAAAUGAUCGAGAACGAUAUGCUCGGACAUCAAACACUCGAAACAAAGAUGAAACGUGCUGAGGUGUUGGAGGGCAUUUUGGUCAAUAAUUUGUCGGAGCAGGAGAUAGAGCGACUGGAUCGUAUACAGGAGCUUAAAGAUGCCAUCAAAGAAGAGGAUAAAGAGGAAGAGAAAAUGAUAGCCUACAUCAAGAAUCGUGCCGAUGCAUAUGUGAUGUUGCGCUUCUCGUUGUGGAACUUGAAUGAAAUACUCCGCCACGUGGAUCGGCCCGAUAAGCCAUCGCGUAUAAAAUAUCCAAAUUCAUACUUACGCCUGCCGCUGCUGAAGUUCGAGAUGCUAACCAUGCGCGCAUGUCCUCCCGAACACUACGAGGAGAAUAUCGAUACCAUCAUGCAUUCGGUUAUCCGGAAGGUCUAUAAAUUGAUGCGAGCUUACAAGGAGGAGGUGCCACCCGCCGCAAUGUCCCGCUUUAUCGAUAGUUACCAGAAUGAGUUCCUCGAUAGCAUGGAAAUCGAAGAUGCCGGUGAUAGUAACGAGGUGCAGGAACAGGAGGAGGAAGAAGAUCUCUUGCAGGAAUCGAAACCUUUGCAAAAUGUACCCAAUCGUAAGCAGAUAAAAGCGCAGAGUGCCAAACUGGUCGAAGAGUUGUCUAAAAAGGAAGAUUAAAUUUGGUCACUUGUGUGGGUCGUUCAUCUUGAUAGUUUCGUAUAUAAAUAUGUUUGGUAAAAUUUGUAGUGAAACAAUAUUUACAUAACGGUAUAUUUUAUAAUUUUCAUUAAUACGUUAAUAUAUGUAUCAUCUUUGUGAGA